AUGUCAGAUUCAAUAACGGUCGCACCAUAUGGAAAAUGGGAUAGCCCCAUUACUGCAGAACAUCUCUCCAGCGGCAGUGUCCACCUUGAAGGUAUACAAGCCAACCCGUCUACUGGACAGCUUUUUGUUCUUGAAUCACGCCCUUCCGAAGGUGGAAGAUAUGCCAUCGUGGAACUGGCCGACACCACAACCAGAGAUGUCUUGCCUGCGGAAUACAAUGCCGAAGGUACAAUACAUGAAUACGGUGGUGGCUCUUUCGCGAUGCAUCCUAAUGGCCGUUUACUCUUCACCAGUCACCCGGAUAACGGCAUAUUUCUGCUAGAUCCUGCAUCUGGAGAUGUGGAGACCAUUGUAGCCCCUAAUGUUUCUGUUCGUUUUGGAAAUUUCCAUGUUCAUCCAACAACUGCAGAAUGGAUUCUUGCUAUCCAGGAAAGCCAUUCAAAAAAUUCUGACGGAGGUGCAGUUGUAAAGAACGCGAUUGUAGCUAUCCGUGUAAACACAGCCGAGGUGUCUGUUAUUGCUGAAGGCGCUGAUUUUUAUCAACAUCCUCAAUUUAGCCCAGAUGGGAAACGGGUCUGUUGGACAGAAUGGAACCACCCUGAUAUGCCUUGGUCAGGGACGAGACUAUACGUUGCUCAGUGGGAAACUGGAAAACUUUCAGGGCAAAUUCUGGUUUCUGGUGAAGCUGGUGUUGAGAGUAUCUGCCAGCCAAGAUGGGGUUUAGACGGUACUUUAUUUUUUGUUAGCGACAAGACGGGAUACUGGCAGUUAUAUCGCUUCGAUGGUGAGACACCGAAACUGAUACAUUUAAAUGGUCUAGAAUCGGCUGAAUUUGGAAGUCGAGAGCCCGCUCUUGGAAACUGCACAUAUGUGCAAUUAGAUAACAAGACCAUCGUUGCAUCCGUUAACCAAAAUGCGACAUCCAAUCUGGUCUUGAUUGACCUAGAAACAAGCUCAUGGAAAGACCUAUCUUUACCUAUUGUUGAUAUUCAAAAGAAUGCUAUGGCUAGUAUAUCGCCCACAGCAUUUGCUGUAAUAGGAAGCACUCGUACUGUCCCGCAAGCGCUUUACCGUGUGGACUUGAGCGACGGUGUUUCUAUCAAGUUACUAAAGCCAACCACUGAACUCGAUAUACCAGACACGCUCAUCUCGGAAGCCCGACAUAUAACCUUUCCACGAUUGUACGGUAAAAAAGACGAUUCUAAGUCUGCCAAUGCGUACGCUUGGCUUGUUGAACCCAAAAAUGCUGCUUUUAAAGCCCCAGAGGGCACUAAACCACCUUUGCUCGUGUGGAUGCACGGUGGCCCGACAUACCAUGUCCCACCUGGGCUCGCUCUAACGACGCAAUACUGGACAUCCCGAGGCUAUGCUUACGUUCUUGUGAAUCAUGUCGGCUCUACCGGAUACGGGCGGGCGUAUCGUGAGCUUCUCGAUGGCGAAUGGGGCGCCGCUGAAAUUGCAGAUGCGGCCAGCUGUGUCAAGUAUCUCGCUUCUGAAGGUGUUAUUGAUUCUUCUAGAGUCGGCAUUGUUGGCGAGAGCGCUGGUGGUUAUUCAGUCAUGCAAGCUCUUUAUACGUAUCCCGAUAUCUGGGCUGCCGGAAUAAGUAUUUAUGGGAUUAGCAGCCUUUCGGAGUUUGCAGAGACAACACAUAAAUUUGAAAGUCAUUAUAUUGACUCUCUUGUGUUAGGAAAGGGGGGGAAAACGAAGGAAGAAAUAGAAACUAUUUAUAAGAGUCGAAGUGCGGUAUAUCAUGCAGAGAAAAUCAAGGGGCCACUAUUGCUUCAACAAGGCGACGUCGAUACAAUUGUCCCGGCAUGGCAAGCAACGCAUAUGGUGGAAAAAAUGCGUGAACUUGGGAAGACGGUUGAAAUUGAAAUUUAUCCUGGGGAAGGGCACGGAUUCCAUAUGGAGAAAACGAUAAAAGCUUCAACGGAAUCACAGACUCGAUUCUGGAUUGAUAACCUUCUUUAA